AUGCAGUCUCAGUUUCAGCCGACUUCUGCUACCCAGGCAAAGGAUAAGCAUUACAUGCAACUAUCACACAGUCUAGCCAGGCUUUCGCAUGCCGUGAGCCAUACAGCGGAUUUAUGCGAGCUCCUCCAGCUCAACCUAGAUGCCAUGCAAACCCUUGCUGCAUCUCAUGCUGCCCAAUUUAUGACUGUUGCCGCCCAGCUGAAUACAGAGCCCGAGGAUGGGGGAAAUGACUGUUAG